GUUGGUCCUCCAGUAUCCCACAAUGCACCGCUGCCUUGUUCCGUGUCCACGUCAAACCUGACAGCCAUCGCCGCAGCCGAGCAGAUAUGGCUGCAGUUGAGGUGGCACUUUCUGGACGCUGUGUUGUAUAGACCGGCGAGAAACUGCUAAAAAAAAAACACCCCUCACACUCACCGUAGACGACACAGACCUCACCGUAAGGACGUAAGCUGAGGUAUUAGCUUGUUUGACUGUGAUACAACGUCGCUUAGCUUAGCUUUAGCCUGACACAUUCUAGAAGGCAAAAGGAUCAGCUGUUAUUAGCCGAACCGGGGUCUUUGCUAAAUGAGCGUCUGUCAGCCUGAAAAGCGACUUUGCUUCGGAAGAUUAAAGUGGAUUUUGAAGUUAACGAAGUCCCCGUAGUAUAGAGUUUACAGUUCAGCUUGAUGACCGAGUUUACUGCACCACCUCUGGAGUCAAAGCUAGGCUAGCCCCCCCCUGGUCCUCUUCGGCCCUGCUUUGUUUUGGUUUGUAGUCCUCCUCAAGAUGUCAUCCUGGCUGGGUGGAAUCAGCUCCGGCCUCGGUCAGUCUCUGGGCCAGGUCGGCGGGAGCCUGUCGUCUUUCACCGGGCAGAUAUCAACCUUCACCAAAGACAUGCUGCUGGAAGGAGUGGAAGAAGUAGGAGACGCUGCCACAGAACUGCAGGUGUCCAAUACCAAGUUGGUCGACAUCGAGGCUGCAUUUGCCUCUCAGAAAUCUGAGGUGAGAUUCUUUGUGCAUUUAUUCAGAGUCGAGGAGUAAAACUAUAAAACCUCUCUCACCGUAGA